CGAGAGCACAUUUUAGCAGGGCUGGUCUAUUUCUCGGAGCUUUGAUAUUGACCAAGAGCAGUGGCCCCUUGUCCAAAUUACACUACCUCUUCGUUUCUUAUCCAUUGACAGCUCUUUUCCGUGUCCUCUGACAAGCUCAACACAAUGGCGACUGACGUCGGCCAUGUUGCCUCGCGGAUCCUGUCCCCCGAUACUCCUCGCGACCCGAACUUUGAUGAUUUUUCCUUCAUCCCUUUUCUGCGCAAUAGCUAUGGAUUCGGCCUAGCUAGCGACGUUCCCGAAUGUAAGGCCUUCCACGAGGGCCACUGUCCGCUGGGGCCGGCCUGCCCGGACCGACAUCCUACGCCCUCACGCAUGACCACGUCAAUGACGACAGCCUCGGGACUGGCGCCCUCGACAACGCAUGGAUCACUGGUCUGCAAACACUUUCUCAAGGGGCUCUGCAAAAAAGGCAUCAAAUGCGAAUACCUCCACGAAUACAACCUACGGCGCAUGCCCGAGUGCCAGUCCUUCUCUCGAUCCGGCUACUGCCCGAAUGGCGACGAUUGCCUCUACCAACACGUUCGGGAGGAAGCCCGGUUGCCGCCGUGCGAACACUAUGACCGGGGCUUCUGCGAGCUGGGACCGCUGUGUGCCAAGCGGCAUGUGCGCCGCCGUCUCUGCCCGUUUUACCUAGCGGGAUUUUGCCCGGAAGGAAAGAACUGCACAGAUGCGCACCCCCGGUGGUCGGAGAACCUACCGCGGCCCACGAUGCGAGUUGAGAAGACGGAGGAGGACCUGGAGCGCGAGCGGGCUCUGAUCCGCGAGGAACAGGAGAAGGAAAAAGAACGGGAGCGCGAAUGGCGGAGCGAACGUGGCCGUGGCGGAGGUUUCAUGCGCGGCCGGUUCCGUGGGCGUGGGCGUGGCUAGAUGAUGCUCUCUUGGGGAGAAAUUCUGUGAGAUUCCAGUUACUACAUUGUGAAGAUACCCCUCCGUGGCAUUUGAUGAUGAUUUGAUUUAUUUUACGACGCAAAGCGGGCAUGUCAUGUACGUAUUUUAUGCAGAUAUAAGAGUCGGAG